UGAGACUCAACAUGCUGGCAGCCACAGACGACAGGUAUUCCUUUCCGCUCACGUUAUCUGUCCUCACAAUGUCGUUGAUAAUGUGCUCGGUACCGCUGUGCCGAGCGCGUGCCUGUGAUUGUAAUGGCAGAUCGAUCAUAUAGAGAUCAAUCGCACGUGCAGAGAGGGAAGUUUACCUCCAGCGACCUGCGGAUAGAGGCGGAUAAUUGUGCGGCGGUUCACACAUUAAACGGCACGAUGCUGUGAGACCGCUGCAUGAGGCAGCCUGGACGAUCAUGAUGGAGGAGGCUGCCAGCCAGCUCGAGAGAGAUCAUGUGCACAGUGUCUACGACAAGAUUGCUCCAUAUUUCAACGACAGCCGCUAUAAAGCCUGGCCGAAGGUUCGACAGUUCCUGCUGGACCUGCAGCCGGGGAGCAUCAUCGCUGACAUAGGCUGUGGCAAUGGCAAGUAUCUCCACAUCAACAAGGAGGUGUUCAAGCUGGGGUGCGAUGUUUGUCGCCCCCUGGUGGACUUUGCCUGGAGUCAAGGACACGAAGUCCAGAUGUGCGACGGGCUGCAUUUGCCUUAUAGAGACGGCUGCUUCGAUGCUGUGCUUUCUAUUGCAGUCAUCCAUCAUUUGUCCACCAAAGAACGUCGUAUUCGAGCAAUAAAGGAGAUGGCUCGCACUCUGCGAGUGGGUGGACGCAUCAUGAUCUACGUGUGGGCCAUGGAGCAGAAGCGUCGUAAAUUUGAGAAACAGGACAUCUUCGUUCCCUGGAACCCCAACCCUCAUUUGCCCUCCAGCUUCAACAGGGACCAUGCCAAACCCAGAAGGAGGGGCACAGCACAGAGCGUGAGUGAAGCCAUAGACAACGCCGACAAGCACAGGAAGGUUAGAAGCACAUCCUCAGUGGUAGAUGAAGAAGAGUUGACCUGCACCACACCACAGCAGAGAACACAGAGACUGUGGUUCUUUUCAAGAUCUCUGGACUCUGUGUUUGACUUUGGAAGUUUAGCCAUCUCCCGGUCGUCCUCUAGAGACAUGAGCACUUUAUCCUCUCCCACAGGGGAAAAUGAGGGGAACAAGGCCGGCCAGCGCGGGAGAGGACAUGGCCUCAUCAAGCAGGUCUCAAGCUUCUUUUACUCUCCAUCUGUAAUCGGAUCAGAGGAGGACGUCUUUGACUCGGUCACAGAUCUGCACAAGGGGCAAAAAGAUCCUGGAGGCAACAGCACCUCCACCAACGGCACAGAAAACCAGUGUGUCUCUGUAUCUUUAGCCCAGGAGUGUGGCUCUCUGGCUCUGCCAGACCUAGUUCCUUUCCAGAAGGAGCAUCUGAAGCAGUCUGGAGAGGAGAGUGACGGAGGGCCGCGGGGAAAAGAGCAGCAGGAAAGCACACAGAGUCCUCAGGGGAGCGAGGGGCAGGUGGAAGGAUCUUGCCUGAGGUACUAUCAUGUCUUCAGGGAGGGAGAACUGGCAGAGCUGAUAGAGAAUCACGUUGAAGAGCUUCAUGUCAAACACACCUACUUUGAUCAUGCUAACUGGUGUGUGGUGGCAGAGAAAGUUCAGUUAUGGAGAAUAUAAUUUUAACUUGUGUUUUAUUUUGCAUUGUCUCUGCCUCAAGUUUUAGCACUGAAUCACACAUUUGAUGAUUAUUACAUUCUUGUAACUGUAUAGUAUAUAAAUAUACAGGUGUAGCCAUUGUUGAAGUUCCACAUUUUUGGGAUAAUUACAACACUAAACUAAAUCUCCCAUUGCUGCAAUACUGUACUUAACUGUUUGGAAAUUCAGAUUUUUAAAAAAAAAUGCUCUUGGGAGUUUUUAGUAAUCCCGGAACCAGAUGUGCGGCUGACCUAUCCAUAUCUAGCAUUAAAUGUUAUUUUAGAUGCACACAGGAUGGUGGUGUUCAACAAUGGCUACUACUGUAUACCACGUUUUUAAAGUAUUUAUUACAUUUUAAGACAAGAAACCAACUAGCAGUAUCCAGAUAUCCAGUGUGUAUUCUAAGUGUCAAGCGUUAGUUUUUAUUAUCAAACCACAGUGAACUUCAGUGCUGCUAAUGAUUCUAGCUCUUUUAAAAUAGCAUUUCUGCAAGGGAGAUGUUAAGAAAUGCACUGUUUUCCUAUUUGGACUUUUAAUAUUAGCCAAUAAGGAGUUUGUGAGACAGAAGUAUACUCUUCCAUCUGCUCUUAAAUGUUUUAAUUUUGCCUGUUUUACAAUUGCACGUUCCUAAACUCUGCGUACGAGCAGCUAAACUUGCAGCAAGUAUCUGUUGUGUACAUUUUGUUGGAUAUUUCUGUAAACUGCUCGUGUAAUCUAUCAUCAACACUAUUAUAAGAAGAGCUCAAAAGUUGUGCAGAAUAUCUUCCAAAACAUUUGUGCCAUUUGCCUGCUGUGUUUAACUCUCCGAGAUGUUGCCAGUCUGUGCGCUUGAUGUUGAUGUUUGUAAUACUUAUGCGUAUUUUCUUGUGUUAAAGCUGAAUGUACCACUGGUGUGGUUCAGCAUAUCAACUGCCUCAUAUACUGUGAAUAAACAUUGCACUGUACCACAAGUAUGCCGCUGCUUGAUGUCAGUGAGUGACAUAAAAAUAGGGGAAACUUGAAACAUACUGGUUAUCUGUACCCAUUGUGCUGGGGAAGCUGCAUAUCCUUAUCAGUACAGUAUGUGUGGACCAACUGUGUUUGUUCUGAAAUGACACUGCGACUUUGAUGUCUUCUGUGACCUGAUGUAAAUAGUUUGAAUUUGUUCUUUCUUUAUUAAAUAUUUUUGUUCAUGA